AUGGAGCCAAAAUUAGACUUUAAUUCAACAUCUAACAGUACUUCUCUGGGUUCAAAGCAGAUCGCUCCUGCUGUAGUUCUGGGUUUGUGCUGUUUGGUGGGUUUGCCAAGCAAUAUCGCAGUAAUUAUCAGCAUUUCUCGUGAAUGGAACAAACAUUUGAGCUUUACCUUAAAACUAAUGGUAAACCUUGCUGUCUCUGAUGCUUUGACACUUUGCUUGGCUCCUGUGGUGCUGUGUGGAAUACUGUUUGGAUGGAAACUCGGCCUUUGGUCUUGUAGGAUCUUGUUCUUCUUGGGUCACUGGAGUCUGUAUGUUGCUGUCCUGACGGUCAGCUCCAUGAGUGUGCACCGCUAUCACAAUGUCAUCAAGUCCAGAGUCACUAACAGGAUGAUACUGCACAGACUGGAGAGACGGCACAGGCGCCUUCAGCUGAUUGCCAUCUGGAUUCUAGCCUUUGUUUUUGCCCUACCGAUAUUUUUCACUCAAGGACUCAAAGACAAGGAUGGAUUGCAGAGAUGUCAGAGGGCAAUGGAGUCACAGUCUGUAGUAGUGACUGUUGUGCUUCUUGAGAUCCUGUUGGGGUUCGUCAUCCCAUUAUUGAUCAUGUUAACAUGUUAUCUCUGGUUGCACAAAGGUUUGAGAGAAAAAGCCAAGAGCUCCAAUCUAACUAGAGCUCCACAGGACCAGGAUCCCAGAAAACAGGGGCCAAAGGUUAGGACUUACAAGAAGAGACUUGUGGUCAGCAUCGUUGUGGCUUUCUUUCUGUUUUGGACUCCUUUGCACAUCAUCAAUGUGAUAGAUAUAGUUACUACUCUGACUGAAACGUCUUGUCCAGAUGUUCAUUCCCAACUGAAGUCCUUCCGUAGAGUUUAUGGUGAUUCAAGCAAGACUCUGGCUUUGGUAAACUGCUGUCUGAAUCCUUUUCUCUAUGCUGUCUCUUCAGGAAAUAUUCUAAAAUGUUUCAGAAAGAAAUAAUUCCUUUCUGAUUGGAUAAUUUACUUCCAGUCAAAUAUAUAUUUUAAAGACUCCCUAGUUCCUCAUUGCUGUUCUUGUGUGGUUUGCAGUAGAUUAACACAUGCUGUUGAUGGCGCAGCAAUAUUCAACAUUCAUUUGACUGCAUUUCAUGCAUGCACGCAUUCAUUCAUACAUACUGUCACAUGUAUCCACAUGAAUAAAGUAUAGCAUUGUAAAUAAUCACAUUCAUAACAUUCAUAACAGGGUUGCUGUUUUUGAGAUUGGUUGUAGUCUUUGUUAACAGUCUAGAAUUAGUCCAAAUAAUUUGUCAGGUUUUCCAAACUUAAAUUUAUAAAAUCCUUGGUGUUUAAGUUGAUGUAAAAACAAAUAAAAUUAACCACUUACCAAAAAA